AUGUCGAGCUAUACCACACGCGUCGACAGUGUCGCCUCGGACACUAUCAAGCGACACCCGGGAAACGAAGGAUUGAUCUCAGAGCUCGCGACGCUUCUCACGACGUUUCCGCCUCCCUUCAUCCACAUCCAUGACCCCAACACACCGCGUCUCACUGGGGCUUUACUCCGACAUCUACUUGGGGGACUUUCCGACAUCGACGCGUCUACAUUCCCCGCAUCUGAUGGCGCCCCGCGUCUUACGGUGGCUCAUCUCGACGCAAUAGCUUGCUUCGCUCCUCGACUCUUCUUCGACAAUGCACUGAACCAGCUCGCACGGUGGCGACCGACUUGGGAAGAGGGUUGCGAGAACUGGGGAAGCGAUCAGCCACUCAGAUUCAACGACUCAGUCGAUGGCUUUAUACACGGGCUGCAGGCGCUGAGGGACGAUAUGCUCGCGGACGGAGACGUAAUGGCGGCGAAGAAAAUGAAAGGAAAGAAGGGGAAGGGGAAAGAGGUCGAUGUCCAGAGGCCGGACGUCCGUCUCAUACUCGUGAUUGAGCACGCGGAACGCAUCAAGGAUGGCUUAUCCGACCUGCUCAUACCUCUGACUCGACUGGCUGAAAUCUCGCGUGUAGAUGUUGCGACCGUCUUCGUGUCCGAGCUCGAGUGGGAAGGCAUCAAGCCUCAACGAGGCGGAGCCCUGUCUCCAUUCCGGAUCUCUGUCGCGGCACCAGAGAAGCAAACAACACUACAACGCAUGAACGCCACCUUCGCAGCUUUGUCGUCGACCUCGCUUGCGCAUCACCCGAGCCUCACUCAGCUAUACAACCUCUUUGCGUCCGCAAUAUACGACAUAUGCGCCCUGUACACUCGAUCUCCCGACGAACUGGCGUACAUCGCAGCUGCACGGUGGCCCGGGUUCGUCAAACCUGUCCUCGACGCGCACCAAGCAGCCUUGGAGGAGGAUCCUGACGCAGAGCUACAAUCUCCGAGUAUGGAGAGUUGUAUGCGUCUUAUUCGGCACUUUGCUGGAACAUACCGCUCCGCUGUCGACGCGCUGUACCCAAGAACGACGACCGCUGCAGCAUGGGCCGAAGCGCACAUAGCUGACGCCACCGUAUCCCAAGAUGACGAAGACAACUCCGGAUCGCCACCGCGUAGUCCGCGAAAACGCGCAACACGAGGAGAUGACAAAGACGACAAUAACAUUGCACCCGAGGAGAUUGCCGGCGCCACCGCCGUACGCUCACUUCCUACGCUCUCGCGCUACAUCCUGCUCGCUUCCUUCCUCGCGAGUACCAACCCGCCUAAGAGCGACUUGCGCAUGUUUGGCAGCGCGGCGGAGCGACGGAGGAAGCGUAAAGGUGGUGGCGCCGUGCGUCAACGGGCGUCAAGAAACACGAAGACUGCCGUGCCACAAAGAUUGUUGGGACCAACGACAUUCCCACUCGAUCGAAUGAUGGCCAUACUCGGGUUCUUGCUGGACGCGUACGACCUGGACCACCAAAAGCCCGGGCGCGAAUUCUUCAUGGCAGGUAGCUACACGGAGCUUGAGCUCGGACGUGUGCAUGUAUACGGCGCGAUCACGGAACUGUCAACGAUGCAUCUUCUUCAGAGGACGUCUGCACCGGAUAAACUCGACGGACCGCCCACCUUUAAAUGCGGGAUUUCUUAUGGGCUUGCGUUGGAGCUUGCAAGAGGGAUGAAGAUCCCACUGUUGGAACUACUAUGGGACAGUCAACAGUAG